AUGGAAAAGGUCCUAACAUUUAUUUUAGGACAUACACCUACACCUAAUGAACGUCAAAAAUACAGUUCAAAUAUGCCGAAACUUAUUUCUACAUAUGAAAAAUCAAAUCCCAAUCAAAUUGAUUUAACAAUUCAAGAACAAGUUAUUAAAUCUAUCAAAUUUCAAUAUAACUCAAAUUUUGGACGAUUUAAAAUUGUUUUUGAUCAUCCUAGCAUAAAUUAUAUCUCAUUAUCUCCGCAGCUCGGAUAUGUACUAGGAUUUGAGAACCCUCAUUUUGUACAAAAUAAUGAAAUUGCCAAGUAUGGAUGUGAUUUAAAGGGAGGAUUUUCAAGUUUUGCAGUUUAUGCUAAAGGGUUGACUGAAAAUAUGAUAAUUGGUAAUUCAUUAAGUUCGCUUCUUCGUGUCGUCUCAGUUUCAGGAGCAACGCCUGGGGAAUAUAAUGAAAAGAUUUAUGACACUCCUAUCUACGCUCGUGUUCUUCCUAGAGAGAUCAAUGAAAUAGAAAUUGAGUUAAGAACAUUAGAUAACGGACGUCUUGUACCUUUUUCAUAUGGAAUAGUUUUAGUUGUUUUGAUUUUUAAAAAAGUUUUAAAAUUUUGA